AUGACAACUCAAGGAAAUAAAUGUCCGAUUUGUUUGAAAUUAUUUAAUGAUCCAAGAUGGAUGCCUUGUAAACAUAUAUAUUGUUUUAAAUGUAUACCAUAUUUACAUCGUCGAGAUCUUGAUACAAAAGAUGAAAUUAUAUUAGAAUGUCGUAUUUGUGCGAUGCGACAUAGUUUUCGUGAUUGGUCAACUGUGAAAUACUAUGUUACAUUACAUUGUGUACCAUAUAUUACUGCUCGACAGUUUGAUAAAUCAUUGAUAACAUCAACUAAAUCUUUAUGUUCAAUUUGUUUUAAAGUAAAUUCGAAAGAUUGUAACAAUGAUCAACUUGAAUUUUGCAUUCAUUGUAAUAAAAAUAUAUGUCAUGAAUGUUUUAUUAAUCAUCGAAUGGAAUUAAAAAAGAAUAUUCUUUCUACUAUUGAUCAAUGUCAUAGAUUUAUUAGAAAAAAUCAACAAGAUACGAAAGAAAUAAUGGAUAAAAUAGACAAUAUGGAAUUACAUAUUGAUUUUUGUACUUCUGAAUUAAUCGAUCAAAUCGAUACAUAUAGUGACUCCAUAUUGGCUCAACUCGAUGAAUACACUUUGUCUGAAGAUGCAAAUUCUAGUUCAGGUUAUGAUUCAUUAACUGAACAACAAUCGUCCGAGUAUGUUGGAUCAAUGCAAAAAAAUGCAAUACUACUCGAGCCAUCAAUAAUACCUUUUCAUUUAAUAGGUGAACUUAUUUCAUCAGAUUCAAAUAUACCAGUACCAUUUGUAUCACAAAUACUCUGGACAAUGAUCUGUUCUUUUUAUCCAUCUCAUAUUGUAUUUGAUUCGAAUUCAUCGAAAUUAUUUAUCUGUUGCCAACAAGGUUCGAUAUCUGUUUACAAUUAUACAACAACACGUUUAGUACUUGUUGAUAGAUUCAUCUUACAAUAUAAUGAAGAAUCUAAAUCGAUGAUUAUUAUUAAAUCCAUAGCAGUUUCAACAUCUUCACUUAUUGUUGUUUUUAAUACACCGUUUGAAUCUAUUAUUCAUUUUUACUCAUUUAAUGGAAUUCUUUUACGUUCUUUAUCAUUACAUAAUGAGUAUAUUAGUCAAAUUCGUUUCAAUAACAAUUAUUUAUGGUGUCUUGAAUUGAUAUCAUCGUCACUUUCUUAUUUUAUAUUUCAAUCAAAUGAUUCGUUUGAAAGAAAACAAUUUAUUUCAUUUAAACAACAACGAUCAUUUAAUCCAUUUCGAUUUGCUGUUAAUGACUUAUUUGUUGCUGUUCUAGAUCGUGCAUUAACUGGACUUAUUCUCAUAUUUGAUAAACAAACAAGUUCAAUUGUAAAACAAAUUCAAUCUCCAUUAAUCGAUUUCGAACCAUGUGAUAUUGAACUGACUAAUCAAACAUUAAUCUACCGUUUUCAUCAUAGAAUAUUACUAAUACAGUUAGAUAAUGAACAGUAUAUUGAACAUAUUGAUACAAAUAAAAAUAUAAAUAUAACUCUAGGCAAAUCAAACAAUGAAAUUCUUCUUAGUUCAUUAACUGAUGAUACUAAUACAUUUAUCAUUCAAUGUUACAUUACCUAA